AUGAUGCUGAACAAUUUGACAAAAAUUUUUUUAUUAGUCUUUGUCGUUUUAAUUGUCGCAAAAAAUGGAGAAGGACAAUUAAGCGUUACUUGUGAUUCAUCUGCUUUACAACAUUGUUUGUAUGGAUUUAUUCAAUUUACUGGAUGGAAUGUUUCCUCUCAAAAUGGUUUAAAUGAUUAUACUAGUUUAUAUAAUUAUCUUCAAAAAACUGUUGGGAAUGUAGUUGGAUAUGAUGAUGGUUUAUUGCUAGUUUGUAAUGGAAUUGAACAAUUUGUUAAUUGUUUAGGAAAACAAAAUAUUGGAUGUAUCACAGUUCCUGGAAGACUUAGAGCUGGUGAUUCACCAACAAAUGCUUAUGGAAUUGCUGGAACAUUUAAUCAAUAUCAAUUUGAAUGUGGUCCUGGACUUUUUACUGUUGAAAGAGAUAGUGCUCUUACAUGUAUACAAAGAGUUCUUACAUCAAAUGCAAAUGUAUUAGCUAAUUGUCGUUCUAUAUAUUUUGCUAACAUACAACAUGAUCCAUCAAAUGCUAAUCUUUAUAUAGGAAAUUUACUUAAAUGUUACAUUGCUCCAUUUUCAGUAGCAAGAUGUAGAAGAGAAACAAGAUCAAAUGAAUGGUGGGCUUGUGAAUCUCAGUACCAAUUUGUAAAAGCUCAAUUCCCAUUAGCAAAUGACGUUUGUGAUUCUGCACAUUCACCAUUAUUAACAAUUGCUGAUUAUGUCAAAUCAAAUCAUAAAAUUGAAAAUAAUAAACAUUAUUUUAAAAUGCCUAAUAUAUGGCAACAAAAUGAAUCUGGUGAAUGGGAAUAUACUGAACAAGGAUGGUUAAGUGAUUAA